GGGCUGGCGUGUUAAGGCCUUUUUGUGUGUGCCAUUCAAUUGACUAAAUACAAGCAAAUAUGUUGUUUGCCGGACACGCGUACCAAACCUUAACAAUUAUUUUUAUUUUUUGAGAUCCCUCUCCUCUCAAUUUGUUUAACAUUAAGUUAACACUACCAACAACACUACAAGCGUAAAAAACAACAACACCAACAAUAGUUACAACAACAACAUUGUUAUCACUAAUCAGCCAAUUGCUUAACUAACAGCCCCUUUUCAUAAUCAUCAUCAUCAUCACCACCAUCACUAUCAUCGACUCCCUGAGCCCAUCACACAUACACUUACAUCCAACAGUGAGAGAAUAUAGAGUUGACACCAAAAUUUUGACAUUAYAGUCCUUACGAUACACAUAUAGUUCCCCUAAAUAUAUAUAUAAAUUUAUGUCACAACAGUGUAUAAGUCUAUUAAAUAAAAGUUAUAACUGUUAUAUACGAGUAGCGCGUAAGGUAUCUACCUAUCCAUAUGUGUUGGUGAGUGUGUAUAURUAUGUGUGUGCCGAUCGUGAUCUUUGUUGAACAAUCAAUUAGAUUUGGGAGACCAACUGUGCUAUAGUAGUGGUAUUAGUGUAAUAAUAAUAAUAAUAAUAAUAUCAAUAGUAAUAAUCACACGUAAAGCUACUACCAAACAAAAUAAACAUCAAAUUAUUAUUAUUAUUAUUUACGUGCCAUUCCUAUCGAUACCCAUACAUACACACAUACACGUGUGACUGUCCAAUGAAUGGUGGAUAGAAAGGGCUGGCCAUAGGUGUUGGUGUUGUCGUUGUUGGCGAUGAAAGAGAAGUCAAAAAAUGCUGCCCGAAGUCGGAGAGAGAAGGAAAACGCCGAAUUCCUCGAGUUGGCCAAACUGUUGCCACUGCCGGCCGCCAUCACCAGCCAACUGGACAAGGCGUCCAUCAUUAGACUUACCACAUCGUACUUGAAAAUGAGGGCUGUCUUCCCAGAUGGACUUGGCGAUGGCUGGGGAACGUUGCCUCCGCCGCCCAACCCCCAUGAAUUGGCAAUCAAAGAGCUGGGCUCACACCUACUACAGACAUUGGAUGGUUUUGUGUUUGUUGUGGCGCCGGACGGCAAGAUUAUGUACAUCUCGGAGACGGCAUCCGUACAUUUGGGACUAUCACAAGUAGUUGAGCUGACCGGAAACAGUAUCUUCGAGUACGUACAUCCCGCCGAUCACGACGAGAUGACUUCCGUACUGACAGUGUAUCCGCCGUUGACGACACCGACGACGUCGCCAUCAACGACGUCGUCGUCGCCGUCGCCCUUAAUGGUCAGCAGUCAGUCGAUGGUCGCCAACGGUGUGACCGACUAUGAGAUUGAAAAGUCGUUUUUCUUGCGCAUGAAGUGUGUGUUAGCCAAACGCAAUGCCGGACUCACUUCUGGUGGCUAUAAGGUAAUCCAUUGUAGCGGAUAUUUGAAAAUAAAACACUUCAAUAUGGAUCAACCGUUUCCCGACGGGUGCUACCAGAAUCUGGGACUGGUAGCUGUCGGCCAUUCGUUGCCUCCCAGUGCAAUCACCGAAAUUAAAAUGUACAGCAAUAUGUUUAUGUUUAGGGCCAGCCUUGAUCUCAAACUGAUAUUUUUGGACGCCAGAGUGUCUCAAUUGACUGGUUAUGAACCACAAGAUCUGAUUGAGAAAACACUAUACCAUUACAUUCAUGGCAGCGAUAUUCAAAAUAUGAGAUUUUCACAUAAUGUUUUAUUGACCAAAGGUCAGAUGACAAGUAAAUACUAUCGAUUUAUGGCCAAACCGUACGGCUGGGUAUGGAUGCAAUCGUAUGCCACUAUUGUUCACAAUAGCCGAUCAUCGCGGCCGCACUGUAUUGUGUCCGUCAACUAUGUUCUAAGUGAGGCCGAGGUCAAGCAAUAUCAGCUUCAAUUGGAUCAAAUUGAAAGCCAUUUCAGUCAUCGAGAAACUCUAGGCUACGGUUCAACCACCACCUCCUCCUCCGGCGGCACUGUACUACUCAAUAGUAAUACUAGUGUUGUUGGCAUUAACUCUAUAGAAAACGGCAGCUCUCCCGACACCAGUGCCAGUGCCGGCAAACUGUGCGCUUCUAUAGCCAACAAUAAUAGUCCGACAACAACAACAACAACAACGACGACAACUAAUCAUAAUAAUAGCAGCAAUAGUAAUCACAAUCACAACAACAAUCAUCAUAACCAUCAUCAGCACAAUGACAAUAGCAAUGAUAAUAAUAAAUGUAAUAAUAAUAGUGUGGGCAAUAAAAUCAAUACAAGUCAUAGUAAUAAUAAUAAUAAUAAUAACAAUUCAUCGCAAGUCGCCAAUUGUAAAGCUAUCAAAUCAAAGCCGGGCCGACACAAGAACAACAAUAGAAGGUCUUCCCCCUACUCGACAACAACGACAACGACGUCGUCGAAGACAACGUCGUCCAUCUCCUCCUCCACCACGUCGUCCGCCAACACAUCUAAUGAUAACAACAACUAUGUUAGCAAUGGUGGUCACAUCACGUCCUCCUCGUUAGCCAACGAUCCCAUUGUCGUUAAUUUUAAUGAACUUAACGCCAGUGUUGGUGUGGGUGUCGGUGCAAAUCAAUGCAUGAACUUUUGUGUCUACGACGAUAGGACAACAGCCAACCAGUGGCCGUCCAUCAAUCGCCCGCUAAGCUAUGCAUUCAAUUACGACAAUAAUAGUAUGUAUAAUACAUAUUUCAAUGACAAUGAAGAUGGCGUCCAACGGUUCAGAUCAGCGCCAGCACCGCCACAGCCGACGUCUGCACUUAUAGCCCAUAAUGACAUUCAAUAUCAGGCCUACUGUCCAAUGGACACAACAACGACGACAAUGGUAUUUCAAGAUUGUACUGAAGGCCUGUCAAACGGUUCGCUGACCACUACGGGCCUCAAUAGCGACAACAGUGUUGUCGUCCGGACGUACAGCGAUGGUAUGCAACAAAACGAUUGUUCUUCCGAUAAUGAUAUCCAACGAAUCAAUUCGUUAAUGAAAUCCGGCGGACGAAACAUAUUUGCCGAAGUGUUACUCCGCAACACCUAUACGGACAUUACCGACAGCACCAGUAUCGGUGUGGCCGCAGCCUCCGGUGCAGAUAUGUUGUUAGUUAACGGUGCCGUCAACGAUACACUCAUGCAAUUUGAUAAACCAUUGGUGAUAAACGCGAGCGACAUAUCAUCGACAACAUCGUCGUCGACUUCAACUUCGUCGUCAUCCACAUCGCCGCCGAUGGCGGACUUAAGUGCAAUCACUGCCGACCAUCACAUGAAUGGCCAUAAAUCUGGAACAGUUAUCCGAUAUCUGUCGGACGGUACCGCCUAUACUACCAGUAGUGCUAGUCAUUUGAAAUAUUUUCACGACACCAACAGCUGCGACAGUCAACUCGGUAUCGGACCGCUGACGGCCAUUACGCCGAUAACACCGAUCAAUGGCUGCUCUUUGGCCCAGCACCCGACCAAUAGUCUACCGUAUCUGCAAAAUCAGGCCAACACUGCAAUGUCCACUAGUGCCACACUCGGCGGUGACGAUAGACUAGACGAUGGCACUGUCAACGAUGGCAGUGACACACCCUAUACGUCGGUCAUUGUUGAGGCUCAACAUUAUCAGCACUUUGCCAGCGGUUUUGUUCAGUAAUAAUAAUAUUAAUAAUAAUAACCUMCCAGUGCUUACUCUAUCUACCAGUUCUUACUCUUCCAGAGUCUCUCUCUCUUUCUCUCUCUCUCUUACUCUCCAAUUUG